UCUUACAAAGUUUGUCAUUUUCUUCCUUGAAACUAAAAACAAUCCAAUGGCAACACACCUGCAACUGGCAGCAGCUUCAUUUGCUUUUUCUUUCUUCUCCUUGUUCUUGUUCUUCUCGUGCUCCUCUUUCUUUGUACCUUAAACAGUCUUUGUUCAGCCUCAGCUCAAAUGUCUAAGUCCACAUUGUUCUUCUCUCUGUGAUCUCUUUGGAUCAAUAUCUUAUAUACCCUUUAUCACUGUUACACUCAGUAAACGAAGUCAAGUACUUUUUCUUUAACAUGGAGCAAUAUGAAGUAUUAGAGCAAAUUGGGAAGGGAGCUUUCGGUUCAGCUCUUCUAGUGAGGCAUAAGCAUGAAAAGAAGAAGUAUGUGCUGAAAAAGAUACGUCUCACCCGCCAGACUGAUAGGUCACGAAGAUCUGCUCAUCAGGAGAUGGAGCUCAUUUCUAAAUUCCGAAAUCCAUUUAUUGUGGAAUACAAAGAUUCCUGGGUGGAAAAGGGUUGCUAUGUAUGCAUCAUUAUAGGUUAUUGUGAAGGCGGAGACAUGGCUGAAGCCAUAAAGAAAGCGAACGGCAUGCUUUUCACCGAAGCGAAACUGUGCAAGUGGCUUGUUCAGCUCCUGAUGGCUCUCGAGUAUCUGCACUUGAAUCACAUUCUUCAUCGUGACGUCAAGUGUUCAAACAUAUUUUUGACAAAAGAGCAAGACAUACGUCUUGGCGAUUUCGGACUUGCUAAAAUUUUGACUUCAGAUGAUCUUGCAUCUUCUGUCGUCGGAACUCCAAGUUAUAUGUGCCCUGAGCUUCUGGCUGACAUACCUUAUGGUUCUAAGUCUGAUAUCUGGUCAUUAGGGUGCUGCAUAUAUGAAAUGACUUCUCUCAAGCCUGCAUUUAAAGCAUUUGAUAUGCAAGCGCUGAUAAACAAGAUCAACAGAUCUAUAGUUGCUCCACUUCCUACAAAAUAUUCCAGCGCCUUCCGUGGCCUCGUCAAAAGCAUGUUGCGUAAAAAUCCCGAACUUAGGCCGAGUGCUGAGGAACUACUCAGGCAUCCACACCUUCAGUCUUAUGUUGUUAAAGUUCAUCAUAAAAUUAAUAAUCCUAGAAGUAAUACUUUACCUGUGCUUUGGCUUGAAACCAAUAUAAAGAAAACUAGAUUUUCGGAUCCCAUAGAUACCCGCUCCUCCAUUUUCAGGGAGAGGCGUCGAUCCUUCGGUAACGAUAGGACUUUAAAUCCAAGCAUAUCUGGAGCUGAGCAAGAUUCUGUUUUCUCUACCAAAGGAAUACAUCACAAUGCUCCUGGUUUUCUGAACAGAAGGUUAGAAGAUUUGUCUAUUGAUAGCAGUCAAGAAGGAACUGUUAUCUGCAAGCCGAUUACUUCAAAACUUUCAAGUGUGACCAAGGCUCCGAAACGUUCUUCGGCAAAAGCUUCUGCAACUCCCAAGAGAAAGACAGAGCCUUUGAGAAACCGUGACUCGUUUCAUGUUUCGCGCAAUCCGGUUAAAAAACCUCUCCCCUCAACUCGACGAGCUUCCUUGCCGCUGCCGACAAGAACUUCGGUUCAAGAAUCUCCUUGUAGAUCUAAUGCUGGUAUUCUUCACCACAUACAUUCACCAGAUGUUUCGGUCAAUGCUCCUCGAAUUGAUAUGAUAGCUGAAUUCCCGUUAGCCUCAUAUGAAGAUGCAUUCUUCCCCUUCAACAAAACUUCUCCAAAAUCUGAACAGGGCUUCUCUAGGUCACCACAAUUUGUCGACCGUUCAAUCAUGAAAGACAAAUGUACAGUUCAAAUAUGUGAUCACUUGUCUAGCAAGCCGAAUUUGGCUGAUGCAUGGCAGGGAAUUCAACGCAGCAUGUUUCAUGCAGAUGGAGGCGAUGCAAGUGUUUCCUCUGAUCAAAACGCAACUGCUGGGGCAUCUAGCCACACUUCAUCAGACACACGGAGACGAAGGUUUGACCCCUCAUCAUUCCAGCAACGUGCAGAAGCAUUAGAAGGAAUGCUCGAAUUUAGUGCGAGGUUGUUGCAGCAAGAGAGGUAUGAUGAGCUCGGUGUGCUACUAAAGCCCUUUGGACCUGGAAAGGUCUCCCCUAGGGAAACUGCCAUUUGGUUGACUAAGAGCUUUAAAGAGAACACUACCAAGACUGAGGAUUAAUGCCAAUGAAGCACUGUUGUUUGUAUCAUAUCCCUAGCUGUGUAACCUGUACCAAUCUUUUAGAGUUCAGCUUAUCCGAUUCUAGGCGACGAUUAAAGUUGAUAGCAACUUAGUAGCAAGGCAUUUUGGGUUUUCAAACAAAUGCCAAUUGUUAGUUCUAGGUUCUAGUUGAUCUCCCUGCACCUUCACAGUUCCUACUUGUGCAUCAAGUUUCAUAAUUUUCUUCGAAAUGGAUGAUGGGGUUCAAAUGAAUU